AUGUCGGAUCCAUCAAACGGAUACCUAUACGGUGAUAGCUGUGUGUUUGGUGUUGAGGUUUUUGUGAUCAAAAGAGAACCGGUCAUUGAAUAUGUAUGUCUGAAGAAUUUUGACGUUCUUCACAAGCGUGAUUGGAAGAUUCAAAACUUCUCCAAACUCGGAGACGAAUGGAAAUGUGAAGAAUUCUGUGUUGGAGGCCACAAAUGGAAGAUUUGUCUUCACCCAAAAGGAACUGGAGAAAAACCUGGCCGUUACAUCUCCAUCUUUCUGCAAAAUGUUUGUUCCAAAAGUUUCAAGGCAUCUUUUGCCAUAUGCGUAAAAAACCAACUUAAACAACCUGAUAAACGGGCUGUUACUGAUCACUCGUUUACGGCUUCCAAAAAUGAUUGGGGAUGGCAUUCAUUCAUUGAGCUUGCAGCUAUUAAUGAUCCCAAGAAAGGGUUCGUUGUCGAAGAUUGUUUUCUUCUAGAUGUAGAAAUAUCAUCUGUCCAAGAUGUUGCAUAA